ACUUUACUUCUGCCAUUACCCGAUUGAAGAGUCUAACUCUUCAAUCUAUGCCCAAAUGUAGGCAACCACUUAUUAGGAUUCCUUUUUUUCUCCAAUUGAACGCUAUGUCGUUCUUUAGAAAAACAAUUGAGGCUUGUAGUUGAACAUCUUUCAACUUUAACGACCAUAACUUGUAGUGGAUGAAGCCAGAGGAUGAAGCUAGCUACUAGCUAGAGACAGCUGAGACUCUGAGACAGUAUGCGCUAUUAAACUAGUUAACUAUCUGAGUCAGUUUGAAAGGAAAGGUACCAUGCAUGCAGACUGGCUUGUGCUUCUUCUGCUGUUUCUGAGCUACUCAGAAGCUCGCUAUGAACCUCAUAUUGUAGGAAAGCAGUAUAAACAUAGCAUAGACACUCACGAUACCCGUGCUGUGAGAGUGGAGUUUUGGGAGCCUACGAAGCAUAUCAACCUGAAUGGAGUUGGAAAGAAAGGAGACUAUGUUGUGUUCUUUGGAAGCGAUAGCGAUAGGCCAUUGGAGUAUUCGUGUGGUAACUCGUGCAAAGUUCACCUCAAGCAAACAAGAAUUGGCCUCUCCUCUGUUACCGUGAGUGCCUCUGUGCAGAAGCUGUUUGCAGCACCUCCUGCCUCCACUGGGGUGCUGCAACUGUGUCUAGGCCCGGGGAACUUGUUCUGGAAGAGACCGCUUGUAGCUGAGGCAGACAUCUCCUGCAUACCGUGGAGUAGGUCAUUCCAACCACGGAGGGGAGGCUACAUCGUUCAGCCCAACCGCUAUGUGGAGGAGUCAGUUGCUCUUGAUGUUCACACCUGGUUCAUGACUGAGCGGAAUUAUGAGCAAAUGAGAGAGAGCGGUGUCACUAAUGUAUUUGUCCCUCUGUUUGGAAAGAAAUACUGGUUACCCAUAGUUACAUCAUUCUACCAUGGCCACAAAUUCAAGAACGUUAAAUGCCAUUUCAAAAGUUCGUUUGAUGCUGAGAGAGUUAAAGAUAACCAGAAGAAGACGGAGGACGGUUAUUCUCUUGUGUACAAGUACACUAACUUUGUGAAAGCUGUGGAGGAGAGUUCUGGCCUGUACACAGUGACCUGCUUGGGUAUGAAUUGGGAUGAAUUUGUACCUAGGAAUUGGACUGUGGAGCUCUCAAAAUCUCUAAACAUUACCUUCAUCAAAGGUCCCAUGGUGAUUAUCAGUGGCUUGGUAGGCAACACUGUGUUCUUAUCUGACCACAACUCCUUCAAUGUCACGCUCUACUCCACAUCUCCCGUGACCACAUUCAAGGUAGAGCGAUCUGAUGGCUUGAGCUCGGAGGGGCAACCCAGAGUGACUCGGCUGGUGACCCAGAAUGCCUACAAUCUUCUGUCAGUGUAUGGAGUGGAGAUACCGACUGCUGCAGAGGGGAUGAGGGCUACCUACACUGUGGCUGUGGUGAACAAGGACGAGGAGUCUGUUAGUCAGAGUGUGGAGAUUGUCAAACCAAGAGGGAUGCAGGUGUCAGUGUAUCCAGUGGAGACGAUAGCCAGUGAGGGGGAUAGAGUGACCUUUGAUUGCACUGUGACAGGGGACACCAUUCCGAAUAUUAAGUGGACUAGGGAUUAUCAACAGUCUAAGACUACACAACUAAAGACUGAGUACAUCAGUGAUGGUAAAGGACUCAGGUUGACUUUCAUUAAAGCUAGACAGGAGCAUUCUGGUACCUACGUCUGCACUGCCUCUGACCAGGCUGACACCAGGAGAGCAUCUGUGAACCUUGCAGUGUGGCCACGAGGCAGCUGGUUGGUUGGUCUCUCUCCACCCCACCACCAGCAGCACAGUCUCAAUAUGAACCAGGGGGAGGUGAUGAGGGAAUGGACAUCAGAGCACCCCCCUUUAUCCACGUCCUCUAUCAUACUGGCUGUCAUCAUUCUUAUUAUGGGAGCACUCUUAAUGACUGUUUGUGUAGUGGCUGGGGCCUUUUACAUCUACCAGUUGAUAAGCUCACCCCCGGAGGACUUGGACACUCCUCCAGCCCCACCCCCACCAACUGAACAGAGCGAUGAAGAUCUGUGGGAGAGCGCUGAAGAGAUGUGGGAAAUAGUACGAAAGCAAAGUCUGCAAAUGGACCAAGUGCUGAAAACAACAUCAAAACAACACAACAGUGACAACAAAGAUGUCCAAGAGGCAACAAAAGACAAAACUAAUGACCAGAGGCUAUCCGAAGGUGUACACAAAUCCAAAAACAAACGAAAGAAGUCAAAAAGAGACCCAACAGAUAAAGAUAUCACCCAAGAAGAUGAACAAUCGAGAGACAGGAGAAGACGUAAGAAAGAGAAAGAUGGAGAACAUACCAAAGCAAAAGAAAAGAGUGAGAAAGAUGGAGAGCGUUCCAAAGCAAAAGAAAAGAGUGCCGAUGCUAAACCACGAAGAGAGAAAGAUGGAGAGCGUUCCAAAGCAAAAGAAAAUAGUGCCGAUGCUAAACCACGAAGAGAGAAAGAUGGAGAGCGUUCCAAAGCAAAGAGGAAGGAGAAGGCAAGAGAGAGAGAUGGGUCACCAAGAUCUCCCAGAUCUGCUGAAGAUAAGAAGUCUCCGAGCAAGCAAAAGAAACAACUGGACACAGUCACUUCACUAUAA